AUGUUCGACCCGGUGAAGUUUAUUCUGCGCUUAGUGUACUUCUACUCGCGGCUUCUGGGCGCGCUCAACUUUGAGAUUGAUUUGAGAACGGGACGAGGUCGGAUCACGCGUCGGGCCUCGAUCUACGCAGCUGCGGCAAACGUCAUGAUCUUCAGUCAGCUAAUCUUGUUGAGUAACAGUGAACUCAUGCACACGAUGUGGCUCAAGGCCGGCGUGCUGCCCGAAUACCUCUACCUGGUCAUUCAUACGACGCGGCUGAGCUGCGUUUCGGUCACUCUGCUCAGCCGGUGGUGGCAGCGCCGUCGCCUGAUCGAGCUCAUCAAUGCCCUCAGUCGACUGGCGUUUCGGAAGCCGGAAGUAACGAGAAUGUGGCGACAUCGAGUUGUGAUUAAGUGUCUUAGCAUUUUGUUGUCGGAAGUCUUUCAGGUCAUCCUAACUCUAUUCGUGUUCCAACGCCUCAUGACAGUUUACAUGGCUGUCAGCAUUAUAAUGCUGUAUGCGCUGACUGCGUUGGUCAAUGUCAUCAUCUCACAUAUCUACUUCAUAAACGUGAAUGUCUAUUGCCACUACUGCCUGCUCAACCGGGAGUUAAAGGCGGUGCUCGUAGCGGCUCGAUCGCUGGAGGCUGAACCUGGCCUGCGCACUACGCGCAUGAGUCGAUACUUCACUCUGACCGAUCAACUGGAGGACAUCGCCCGCACGCAAUCUCAACUGCAAAGCCUUUUGCAAUGCUCAUCUCGCAUCUUUGGCAUUCAGAGCCUGUGCGUGUCCGCCAUUACCUACAUUUCCGUGAUGGCCACCAUCUACUUUACCAUUAUCGGCUUCAACGUUACCAAAGCCAUUCCCAGUUGGAAGUACGUGAACCUUCUCCUGUUUUGCGAAACCUUCUUCUACUUUGCGGAUGUGGUGAUUACCAUGGACAAUCUGUACAUUGUUCUAGACGUUCAUGGCGAAAUGCAGAGUCUGCUACAGCAAUUUUCAACRUUGGCUCCGGGUCUAGACUCACGCUUCGAGAUGGCGUAUGAAAGCUUUCAGCUGCAGCUGGUGCGCAACCCAUUGAAGUUCAAGCUCUACAAUCUCUACAAAAUGGAUCGCUCCACGGCUGUCGCCAUGUUCAGCUCAGUUAUAAGGCAUUCUCUGUACUUGGUUCAAUAUGAGGUACAAAAUAGAUCAAAAUAG